GUUCAGUUAAAUCCGUUGAGGCGACAUUUCACAAUAGAGAGAGAGAGAGAGAAUGAAAGCGGCCGUCACUGCGAUUCAACUGCACUCACAUCCUUCAGCAUUCAACUUCGCCAGCCAAAAAAAUCCGAGUUGUUUUCCCUCGGCUUCUCAUCUCGACAGCUCACAUUUCUCUCGGAAAUUUAACUCCCAUUUUUCGUUUACUUUGAAUUCUGGAAAAUCGAUCAGAACAGUUCUGCCAGCCCCAAUGUCAAUGUGCACCAUCACUUCUUCGUACAAGCCGGAGGAAGCUAGGGUUCCGCCUGCGAUUCCCAUCCCGAAACCUCCUAUUACUAAGUUCAAAAUCGCUCUUUGUCAAUUGCUAGUAACAGCUGACAAGGAAAGGAACAUUGCCCAUGCUCGGAAGGCCAUAGAAGAGGCUGCAGGAAAGGGUGCUCAGCUUGUCCUUCUUCCCGAAAUAUGGAAUAUUCCGUAUUCGAAUGAUUAUUUUCCAGUAUAUGCGGAGGAUAUAGAUGCCGGCGUUGGUGCUUCUCCUUCAAUUGCAAUGUUGUCUGAACUAUCUGAGAGGCUCAAGAUCACCAUUAUUGGUGGCUCCAUACCUGAACGUAGUGGGGAUAAAUUGUAUAAUACUUGCUGCGUCUUUGGUGCAGAUGGAAAAAUUAAGGGCAAGCAUCGUAAGAUACAUCUCUUUGACAUUGACAUUCCAGGCAGGAUGACCUUCAAAGAAUCAAUGACUUUUACAGCAGGGGAGAGUCCAACUAUUGUGGACACAGAAGUUGGGCGCAUUGGAAUUGGGAUAUGCUAUGACAUUCGGUUUCAAGAACUGGCUGCCAUAUAUGCAGCAAGGGGUGCUCACUUGCUUUGUUAUCCUGGGGCUUUCAACAUGACCACUGGUCCACUGCACUGGGAGUUGUUGCAAAGGGCAAGGGCAGCAGAUUGUCAGUUGUACGUUGCUACUUGUUCACCUGCUAGAGUGGAUAAUGCUAGUUAUGUGGCUUGGGGGCACUCUACUGUUGUUGGGCCUUUUGGGGAAGUGAUUGCGACAACAGAACAUGAAGAGGUGAUAGUGAUAGCAGAGAUUGACUAUUCAUUAAUAGAACAGCGAAGGACGUACCUUCCAUUUCAGAAGCAAAGACGAGGUGAUCUUUAUCAGCUAGUUGACGUCCAAAGGCUAAAUACAGGAAAGAGUUAAAAAGUUCUCAUCCAUUGAUACAGCGGAGAUCCGGUUGUAAGGAGGAAUCAGUUGGAGAUCUGGAGGAUGCCUUGAAUGCCUGGUCCCUGUAGUUCACAGGGCCACAGCAGCGUCUGCGACUUGUGAUACUCAUUACUGUAUAGACCUUUUUGCCCUCCAUCCUUGUGCCAUACACUGGGAUGCAAGGCUUUUUCUUGGUUUUGCUCAUUGAGGUAAUAGGCGGAACUCGAAUUCUUGCAACAAAAGUUUGGUUAAGUCUAAUGCAAAUUUAGUGCGUUUGAUCA